AUGGCGCAAACCUCUGUCUCUGAGCGGAGAGAGGAAUGUCCUGCACGUGGAAAUGCCGUGAGGCCCACGCCCUGGCCGUUGUGGCUAACCCUGGGUAUAUUCCAUGGCGUCCGCCACGACAACGACAACCGUUUUGCGUCCGUUAGCGAUGUCAGGCUUUGUGCAGACAAAUCCGAUCACAGGUGCUCUGGCUUCAGAAACGAAAUUCAGAAAAUUCCGCUGCGGUCUACGCGUAAUGGUAUUACGUCGAGUCCAAGCAAUUCCACGAAUACCGGUCACCCCACUGCAGCUACUUAUGCCGCGCGGAAUAAGGUGGCCAUGGUAAGGCUCACUCCGAGCACGACCAACCAGCCUCUUAAUCCCUUCGCUCAUUCUACUCACUUGGGCAAGUCGUAA